AUGUUUACUGGCAUAACCGCUACAAGUGGUGUAGCUGCGUUAUGUAUGCUUGCAAACCCUUUGGCCGCUGCUUUGGGUGCUCUGAAUUUGGCGAUAUAUGCUGGAAUUUAUACUCCUUUGAAACGAACUCAUAUCGCGUGUACAUGGGCUGGAGCUGUGGUUGGUGCAAUCCCUCCGCUUAUGGGCUAUGCAGCUGCGACGGGCACUUUGGAUGCGCCAGCAUUGUGCUUAGCUGCUAUUUUGUAUUCAUGGCAAUUUCCUCACUUCAACGGGUUGUCUUGGAAUCUCAGAGGAGAUUACAGCAAGGCUGGAUAUCGUGUCAUGUGUGUCACUAAUGAGCGACUAUGCCGAGUGACAUCAAUUCGACAUAGUUUGGCUUUGGUUGGAUUGUGUUCUGUCGCGGCACCGCUCACCAACCUGACAACUAUAACGUUUGCUCUAGACUCCUUACCCGUAAAUGCGUACCUUUGCUGGUUGGCAUACAAAUUUUACAAAGCUCCUGAUGCACAAAAUUCGAGGCGACUGUUUUUCUACAGUUUGUUCUACCUUCCUGUAAUUAUGACGUUAAUGGUGGUAAGCAAAUUUGGCCGAAGUGAUGCUCAGAAGAAGUCCGCUUGCAAAGAGUUGCAACCAGUCUCUGAUCUAACUAAGUCAUAG